AAGAACUGAGUUUUUCCGCCCUCUUGCGUUGCAAAGCCGUAAUAUUGGGCUUAUGUCUUAUGCAAAGUAAUUGAAUUUAGUGUCCAAGCACAGUCAUAUAAUACUUUGUACGAGACGUGAUUUAAAAUUACUUUCUGGCUCGUAUUCAUAAAAUGUAUUGUGCGUGAAUAACAACAAACGCAGUGCCGCUGUCAGUCAGCUGGGGUAGGUGGGGUCACAAAGAGCCAAGAUGGCUGACUUUGAGGAGCCGCUGUCAGACGACGAGAAGGUCCGCAUAGCGGCCAACUUUGUGACUCAUGCCCCCCCGGGAGAAUUCAAUGAGGUCUUCAAUGAUGUGCGGCUUCUUCUCAACAAUGACAACCUCCUCAGGGAGGGGGCAUCACACUCCUUUGCCCAGUACAACAUGGAUCAGUUUACUCCUGCCAAACUAGAGGGCUACGAUGAGCCGGUCUUGAUCACAGAGCAUGGUGACUUAGGCCAGGGACGUUUCCUGGACCCACGCAACCGUUUGGCGUUCCGCUUUGACCACCUUAGAAAAGAGGUGAGCGACGUGCAGCCAUAUGAAGGAGAGACGGCCCUGAGAAGCUGGAGAGAUGCCUGUGAUACUUCCCUUAGUGCCUACGUCAAAGAGCACUACCCAACUGGAGUCUGCACGGUUUAUGGGAAAACGGUUGAUGGUCAGCAAACAAUCAUAGCCUGCAUUGAAGGACAUCAGUUUCAACCCAAGAACUUCUGGAAUGGUCGCUGUAGGUCAGAGUGGAAGCUUACCAUCGGUCAGUCCACUGCUCAGGUGGUGGGAGUGUUGAAAAUCCAGGUGCAUUAUUAUGAAGAUGGGAAUGUGCAGCUGGUUAGCCACAAGGAGGUAGAGGAGUCAAUACCAGUGACUAAUGAAAGCCAGACGGCCAAGGAAUUUGUCGACAUUAUUGAGAACGCAGAAAAUGAUUACCAGACUGCAAUCAGUGAGAACUACCAGACCAUGUCUGACACCACCUUUAAGGCCCUGCGUCGCCAGCUGCCUGUCACUCGCACUAAGAUCGACUGGAAUAAGAUCCUAAGUUACAAAAUUGGCAAAGAGAUGCAGAAUGCCUAGGGGAAGGUCCGGCACUUAGCAGAGAGUCGCACACGCCACUGGGCCCACACCCUGCAUAUACAUGCGUAAGGACUAACCAAAGCAAAGCUAUAUCAGUAUGGGGCAAGGAAUUAAUUGAAAAAAAAAAAAAAAAAAAAGUAUAUCUGCAGACAAUAAGGCACGGAUAUUCUGCUGUAAGGAAGUUGCGGUUAUGAAGAUAAUAGUGGUUGGAGAAUGUGUUUACUUCUAGGUGUGUGUUGUGAAAGAGAUGGGUUGGGUCAAUGUGCAUGGCUGUGCUCAGGACUGCUACAUAAAAUAAGUAGAUCUCCCUUUUGCUGUAUAAGUAAUCUUGGACCUCCCGAAAUUCAGAAGUCACUAUAUUUUCCUUAGACUCAUGCAGGACUGUGAUCAGGUCACAGUGGAGAUCUCAGCACACAGAGUAAAGGCACAAGGCAUCUGAUGAGAGAAAUUAAGCACACCAUCACAUAUCAGGGUUUGAUUUAGGACAGGGAAAUAAGACAUUGUUCAAGAUUUUGUUCCAUUGUGGUUGUCAUGCAUGGUAGAAUUGACAAUUGGAUAAUUAAGUAAAAUCAGGACAUUGACAGGAAAAUUAAUCUAAGUCAUCUGACAUUGUAUCUGGUACCAAGCUUAGAGUAAUCGUGAACUGACAAAUUAUAGUUAAGUUAUACCUCCUAAAUGAAAUUGGAAGUAUUCUACCUGUUAACAUUUAGGAGUGGCAUGAUCCUCAGCAUAGCUCUGUUCCUGCACUGUAAACCGGUAUGUUUGUCUGUGUCUAUCAGGGCUGAGGGAGUGUUACCUUGUUUUUCUGUUGAGUUCCACUGAUGUAUGUGUCUCUACCCAUGCAAACAAUGAUGACUGAAUUAAGAUAAAGCAACUUCUAUGCUGUUGCAUCUUUAAUGCAUUCUCUGUUCUGUCACUGCGGCAACAACACCGCCAUUGCUGUACAGCUUUUCCUUUGUGAAAGGAAAACAUACUCAUAUUAACCAAGAUUUAUUUGCCAAAAUGUCUUUCCUAUGGUAAAGAACUCCAUCUUCCCAUGUAUGCAAAUUUCUAUUUUAAUAUGCUGGUUUUUGUUCAGUCUUAGAAUAUUGCACUCUUAACUGUAACAAAUGUAUUGGUCAAUGCCAAGUGAAUCCAACACAGUUGCCAUGUAAGGCAAGAUACUAAUCAUUACAUGACUUCUGUAAGGCCACACCAUACUGUGUUACAUAAUGUCUAAGUAGGCUGACUCUGGAUCAGUUACUUGUUAGCUAUACAUGUACAUGUGCUGUGUUCAACCCUCACACUACAACUGUGUGCCGAUCAGUUAUGAAGUUUAAGACUAUACUGCCCCAUUCUGUUGUAAAAUAAAUGGAUUG